AAGUUACACAGUCUGACUGCGCCAGUAAUCCAGUGGUAUUUGUAAAUUUACUAUUAUACUGUGUUCGACGGUAGCAGUCGUGUCUCGAGCUAUUAAUACGUAGAAUUUUAUUAAUAAAAAUAUUGUUUCAAAUUAAAAUUCGGUAUUUGAAUCACAUUAAAUGGAUACAUAAGUUGAAAUUAUUAUGUUUAAAAUGAAUUGAUUUGAGAUUGAUGUGUUAUUCUUAACUGUUAAAGAUGUUUGAACCAAUUGUAUUAGGUUUUGCUUUUAUUGGAUUCAUUAUUGUUCUAGUGAUUUUAUGUGAUGCUUUCUGGGAAAUAGCUCAGGGAUUUUUUGCUCAUUUGAUUCCGCAGAUAUUACCCAAUAAUAUUGGCUUGGAUAUCAAGUACGGAAAAUGGGCUGUUGUAACCGGAUCUACAGAUGGUAUUGGAAAGGAAUACGCUAAAGCUUUAGCUAAAUAUGGACUUAAUAUAGUACUUAUCAGCCGGAAUUUGAACAAAUUAAACAUUACAUCAAUGGAAAUAGAAAAAGAAUACAAUGUACAAACAAAAAUUAUACAGGCUGAUUUUAGUAAAGGACAAGUAGUAUUUGAUCGUAUCUCCAAUGUGCUUAAAGAUGUGGACAUUGGUAUAUUAGUAAAUAAUGUAGGAAUGCAAUAUGAAUAUCCCAUGUACCUUGAUGAACUUCCGGAAGCUACUGUAUGGGAUAUAAUAAAUGUAAAUAUUGGUACUACAACUCAUAUGACCAAACUUGUAUUACCUGGAAUGCAAAAGAGAAAACGAGGAGCUAUAGUAAAUGUAUCAUCUUCUUCUGAAUUACAACCUAUGCCACUUUUAGCUAUUUAUGCGGCGUCUAAGGCAUACAUAAAAAGUUUUACUGAAGCAAUACGAAUGGAGUAUGCCAAGGAUAAUAUUACGAUUCAACAUCUAUUUCCACUAUUUGUAAAUACCAAGAUGAAUGCAUUUAGCCAUCGUUUGCAGGAAACCAGUUUAUUUGUUCCCGAUGCAAAAACGUAUGCAUUUAAUGCAGUUGAUACAUUGGGUAUUGUCAAUCAUUCCACUGGUUACUGGGCUCAUGGUAUUCAGCAUUUUUUCAUAAGACUUCCACCAACAUGGAUAAGAACUAAAAUAAGUGAGCUAUUAACAAAAUCUUUUCGAUGUGACUACUUUACUAAGAACAGACUAAAAAAUGAAUAGUCUAUGAUGUCAAUCCGAAGAAGUGUUCAAACUAUGGAAAUUAAAUUAGUGAAUAGAGCAAUUUACACUUAAAUCAUUGAUCAUUCUAGCUUACUUUAAAAUAUUUAUUAUAUAGUUUAAAACUAGUAUAUAUAUAUAAAUAUUAAAAUAUUUUUUGUCAUCUGUGGGGACUACAACCUUCCUAAUAUUACCUGGUCAAAUGAUGAAUAUGGCCUGUGCUAUUCUUCUUUUUCUCCUUCUCAAGACCUCUGUGUUCCUGAGUUAUUUUCUUUACAUGGAUUUUUUCAGCUAAAUUAUAUUUUCAACUCUCAUAAUUCUCUCUUAGACCUUGCCUUAUCAAACUCCAAAUCAGUAAAUGUCACCUUGCUCUGGAACCAACUGUACCUCUAUACUCCUACCAUCCUCCACUAUUCUUAACAUUUCUACACUCCUUUCCCAGUCCACUCCAUCAAAUUAUUACCUUCUUUUAUGAUGUUUUGAAAGCCAAUUUAAUCUCAUAAAUAAUUAAAUGAAAAGCGAAGGAUUUUACCCUUACUUGUACCCUGUGCCCUAUAAAACACAUAGAAAAAAAUUGUUGCAAGGUAUUGAAAAUCCUGGGUUUGGUUUUUCGCAUAACUCAGGAAUUCUACAUGGUUUCUCCCCUUAAAUCAUUAUAUUGUGGCCUAGUUCAUCCGAUUCUUGAAUAUGUCCUAUGGGAUCCACCUUCUUCUGGUGCGAGUGGUAUGUUAGAACGUGUGCAGCACAAGUUCCUACGUUUCGUUUUUUCUAAAUUCUCUAUCCAACAUCCAUCUCAUAAUUAUGUUCCUAUUCUUCAUUUCCUGAACCUCUGUACUUUUGCUGAUCGAAGGCUUUCUUUAAACCUCUCAUUUUUAACAGGUCUCCUCUCAGGUAUUAUUGAUUCCCCAGAUUUAUUAUCCCUCAUAAACCUUAAAGUUCCUCCUCGCUAUACUCGUUCAAAUAUUCCCUUCUUAAUCCCCUAUUCUUCCACAAACCAUCUCCUCAAUUCUUUGAAAAAAGCUAACACUGACCCCUCCUUUAUAAUACCAUUGUCCAAGUUUGAGUUACUCUUAUGUUUAAUUUUUCAUUUUCAACUUAAAAUGAUCUUUGUGAUUAUACUUAAAACUUUGUGUAAUUAAAUAGUCUUCUGUAAAUACCUUAUUGCAAUUGUUAUGUACUAAAAAUUUACUAAUAUUGUAUUGGGCAAGUCCCGUUUAAUAAAUAAAUAAAUAAAUGUAAUAAUAAA